AGGAAGGGGGGAGGGAGAAGUCUGGGGGGGCUGCCUGUCCUUAGUCCCCCCCAAACCCACCCUGAUCCAUCUCCCGCUGGGAAAACACCCCCCCCCCCCCCCCCCUUAUAUCAAAAUAACAAAAACCCAACAAUUCGGGCAAUUGGCACAAUUACCCCCACUCAAAACCGGGCUCUUCGGGGGUGUCCCUGCUGGGACCCGCCCUUUUAUUUCCCCCCUAGGGGUUCCCCCCGCCCAAAUUGCCGUUUUCCCAAGGUUUCCCCCCCACUUUUCCCAGCGUUUUUCCCCCGCUUUUUUCCCAGCGGCGCAUCCGGCGGGGAAUGGGAUGACGGGACCUUCCUGUUCCCGGCCCCGCGCCCGCCUCACGCCCGGGGGACGCCCCCGCCACGACCCCCCCCCGCACCCCCGAGCCCGGCGGGACCCCCGGAGCCACCCCCGGAGCCCUCCGCAACGCCCCCGGCCCCUCCCGCGCCGCCGAGCCGCCGAGGUUUUAGGGGCUGAGUCCGGAGCUGCUGUGGGACCCCCCGAGACCCUCAAAGAGCAGUCCCCACGGGAGCCCCCAUGGAGCAGGACGAGCCGGACGUGGUGGAGCUGCAGGACUCGGACGAGGGGGACGUGGUCCGGAGGGUCUUCAUCGCCGAUGACGGCAUCGUGAGCGACGGCGAGGCCGAGGUGCUGCCGCACGAGAUCAUCCGCACGGUGAUCCCGCACAGCCCCCUGCGCCCCCCGCCGCCCCGCGGCACCCCCGGCCCGGCCCCGGGG